GAGAAGCUGAAGUGAAUGUAACAGAUGUAAAGAUAACUCGCUAUUUAUGUAAUCCUGAGGUACAUAUGCCUUGGAGUAUUUUUUGAGAGUUCAUCGGAAUGUCAUGUACGGGCCGUUACGGCGAUAGAAUAGACUCUUCCCUUCCAGGUAGCCCGGUUACUCUCCGACUCCAAUCCAGUUCCACUCCCCACAGCACGGCUUCCGGUUUUGCCCAACUCGUUUUGAAGCUUGAAACGGUCUGCAGAUGGAGAACGGCGAUGCAGACAGCAUUGAGGAUGGCAAUGUGGCCACCUUGUCGGAGUACAUUGACGACAUCGAGGCGCAGGAACUGGAAGCCGAUCUUGUGCUCGGUGGGGACGAAGGCAAAGAAUGUACUUACAGGCAGGGGUACAUGAAGAGGCAAGCCGUGUUCGCAUGUCUCACCUGUAAACCCGAUGGAGGAGCUGGUUUCUGUACCGCGUGCUCCUUAGCGUGUCACGACGGUCAUGAGGUAGUGGAGCUUUGGACACGACGACAUUUUCGAUGUGACUGUGGAAACUCCAAAUACGGAGAAGGUAUCUGCAAGCUACAAGCCAACAAGGACAUUGAAAACUGUGAGAACAGCUACAACCAGAACUAUACAGGCGUUUAUUGCACAUGCCACCGUGUAUAUCCAGAUCCAGACCCCGGCAGUGAAGCCUUGGGGGAGAUGCUGCAAUGUUGUAUCUGCGAAGACUGGUUUCAUGAGCGCCAUCUUGGCCUCCCGCCCACCCUUCAGUUUCCAAGAGACGACGAAGGAGAGCCUACAUUUGAGGAGAUCAUAUGCCAGGCUUGUGUGCCGCGAUGCUCAUUCCUGUCAAAAUACCCCGAGGUUUUGAUUCAGCCAAUUGCAGAUGAGCAUGUCGAGUGCGUUGAGGUUAAAGAAAUUAAAGCAGGUGCUGAGGAGAGGAUAACUGAUGUUCACGAGUCUGAGCGCCACGUUAACGGAAGUUGUUCACAGAAUAUCAAAUCUGAGAUUGCCUGUGAGUCCUCGAAUGGAGGUGCAGUACAUGCCUGCAAAGCAGACCUUGAGAGACGGGAGCCAGUCCCUGAGUCCUCAAACGAAGGUAAUGCUGGUGAUGGUCCCUGCAAACCAGACCACGACAUGUCUGAACCUGCGAGUGAUGCAAAUGGAGAUCAUUGCUGUGCAUUGAAAGAGGGAGCUUCAAGUGCGGCGCUUGAACCUGGUCGGCCAGUUUUUCUGAGCAAAAGCUGGAGAUCGCAGCUGUGCAGGUGUUCCUCAUGUCUGCUCAUGUAUACAGAACGGCGGAUAAAUUUCCUCUUGGAUCCGGAGGACACAUUACAGGAGUACGAAGCGUGUGCAAAGCGGAAGAGGGAGGAGUCUCGGGAUUCUGUGGGCUCAGAUUUCCUCAAGAAUUUGGGUCAUGUGCAGAGGAUUGAACUUCUCCACGGUCUCAACGACAUGACCGCCGAGCUCAAGUCCUUUCUGACACCAUUCGGUGAAACUGGAAAGACCGUCACAAGUGCUGACAUCCAAGAUUUCUUUGAGAGCCUCAAUAGCAAGCGGCGUCGCCGAAACUGAGAGGGCCAAGCCAUGUCUCACAGACUGAAUGUUGUGCACUUUCUACAAAACAUGGUUCUCAUGCAUUUUUCACUUCAGUGGAUUCCUCUCCAGCUUUGGGAUUUAAUGUGUGGGUGCUUUGCAGAUUGACAACAGUUUUCCCAACUAACGUUUUCUCUGUGGCUGCUUGUUUUACUGAUUUUCGAUUGGAUUGUAUCAUUGCCAGUGUCGUCUAUUGAUGAACCCUUUAUGACCCAUUUAGUGAAGGCCUUGAAAUCGUGUACCCACUGAAACAUGCUAACGAGAUGUGAAGUUCAAGGUAA